UCAAGUGUUACAGAAAAACCACUGGCGCUGGCAAACUACAGACUGCAGCUAUUUCAAGUGCAAACACAAGAAAGAAGAUGAACAGAAGGGCAAGAAGUGAUCAUCCAAAUUCAGGGCUGCCCUCUGACCUGAGGAUAGUUCUGGUGGGUAAGACUGGAGCAGGGAAGAGUGCAACAGGAAACACCAUCCUUGGGAAGGAAGAUGCGUUCAAUGCAGAGGCUUCUCCAGUGUCUGUCACUGCAGAGACUAAGAAGGAGAGAGGAGAGGUGGAAGGGUGGAAGGUUGAAGUCAUCGACACCCCAGGACUCUUUGACACAUCAGUGGAUGCAGUGAAGAUGAAAGGAGAAAUAGACAAGUGUAUUAAGAUGUCAGUCCCAGGACCCCACGCCUUCCUGCUGGUGAUCAGACUGGGGAGGUUCACAGAGGAGGAGAGGAACACUGUGAAGUGGAUCCAGGAGAACUUUGGAGAAGAAGCCUCAAAAUACACCAUCAUUCUGUUCACUGGAGAAGAUCAGCUGGGGGGGAAAAAGGCUGAGGACUUUGUGAAUGAGAGUGAAGAGCUCCAGGCUCUCAUCGCUCAAUGUGGCGGCAGAUACCACUUUUUCAAUAACGCCAAGAGAGACCCUGGGCGGGUCAGAGAGCUGCUGAGGAAGAUAGAGGAGAUGGUGAAGAGGAAUGGUGGAAAAUACAUCACCAAUGAGAUGUACCAGGAGGUUCAGAGGAAGAUCGAAGAGGAGGAGGAGAGGAAGAGAGAGGAGGCGAGGACACACUACACCAAUUAUGAGAAAGAGAUCAAGAAAAAUCAGUUGUUAGUGUUGGUUAAACAAGCCGCUAUAGGAGUCGUCUGCACAAUUACAAUAGAAGGACCAGUUGUAGUAAUGGCACAAGGAAGAGGAAGGACUCUGAGGACUCUGUUCCUGUUGACCUGUCUGCAAGACUUCACUGGUCAAUGCCAAGUUUCAGGGCAGGCCUCUAACCUGAGGAUAGUUCUGGUGGGGAAGACUGGAGCAGGGAAGAGUGCAACAGGAAACACCAUCCUGGGGAGAGGUGCCUUUAAAGAAGAGGCCUCCUUUGUGUCUGUAACUGAAAAGUGUGAGAAACAGAGUGGAGAGGUGGAUGGGAGGAUGAUUGAUGUCAUCGACACCCCGGGGCUCUAUGACACAACAAUGUCUGAAGAAGAGAUGAAAAGUGAAAUAGAAAAGGCCAUCUACAUGUCAGUCCCAGGACCCCAUGUGUUCCUGCUGGUGAUCAGACUGGGGAGGUUCACAGAGGAGGAGAGGAACACUGUGAAGUGGAUCCAGGAGAACUUUGGAGAAGAAACCUCAAAGUACACCAUCGUUCUGUUCACUGGUAAAGAUCAGUUGAAGGGGAAAACAGUUGAGGAGUGUCUGAAUCCUUGUGUUGCACUUCAGGAACUGAUCAAAAGUUGUUUGGGAAGGUACCAUUGUCUCAAUAAUGAUCAGAGGGAUGACCGUCUUCAGGUCAAAGAGCUGCUGAGGAAGAUAGAAGAGAUGGUGGAGAUGAAUGAAGGAGAGCACUACACCAAUGAGAUGUACCAGGAGGUUCAGAGGAAAUUAAGAGAGGAGGGAGGCUACUGGAGUGAAGAACCGGAGAUAGUUUUGUUGGGGAAGACUGGAGCAGGGAAGAGUGCAACAGGAAACACCAUCCUGUGGAAAGAUGCCUUUACAGAAGAGGCCUCUCUUGUGUCUGUAACUGCAAAGUGUGAGAAACAGAGUGGAGUGGUCAAUGGGAGUAAGAUUGAUGUCAUCGACACCCCGGGGCUCUAUGACACAACAAUGUCUAAAGAAGAGAUGAAAAGUGAAAUAGAAAAGGCCAUCUACAUGUCAGUCCCAGGACCCCACGCCUUCCUGCUGGUGAUCAGACUGGGGAGGUUCACAGAGGAGGAGAGGAACACUGUGAAGUGGAUCCAGGAGAACUUUGGAGAAGAAGCCUCAAAGUACACCAUCGUUCUGUUCACUGGAGAAGAUCAGUUGAAGGGGAGAACAAUUGAAAAGUGUCUGAAUCCUUGUGUUGCACUUCAGGAACUGAUCAAAAGCUGUUUGGGAAGGUACCAUUGUCUCAAUAAUGAUCAGAGGGAUGACCGUCUUCAGGUCAAAGAGCUGCUGAGGAAGAUAGACGAGAUGGUGGAGAUGAAUGGAGGAGAGCACUACACCAAUGAGAUGUACCAGGAGGUUCAGAGGAAAUUGAGAGAGGAGGAGGAGAGAAAGAAACAGGAGAUGAAGGAGGAGAGGAGGAAAAGGGAGGAGGAGAUACGGGAGCAAGAAAGGAGGAGACAGGAGGAAGAAAGGAGGAGACGGAGAAGAGCAACAAAAGAAAAUAUUGGGAUAGGUUUAACUUCUACACUGGUCCUGACAGUAACCCCUCAACAACCUGCCAACCUCCUGAUUGACCCUCUCCACCUGUCCAUUAGCUUCAGGACUGUACCCAGAGGUGAGACUGACGAGACCCCUAGGCGUUCCAUGAAUGCUAUCCAUACAUGUGAGGUGAACUGA